UGUCCUCUCUGGUGCGCUCAACCAACCCCUGCUGUUGUAAUGUAAAGCUGGUAGUGUCCUGGUGUACCGCUGGAAAGAAUCCGCUGUAAAGGACCCGGUUUGCAUAUAUCGGUGCUUCCAACUUAGAUAUUCUCUGCAUCGGAGAGAUUCUGCAGCCAAAUUACGCAUGGAAUGGUUUUGGGGGGAUUGGAGUAGAAAUGCAGCGCCGCACUUCCAGCCCACAACAAGAACCAUGCCCAGCUUACAUUGCAAGCAAAUCUAUGACAUCCUGUUUUAUCCAUUACGACUUUGAUAUGAGUGAAAUUUGCUCGGAUACCGACGAGGAGUGAAGAAGAAACACACAGCGAACAAGCUGAAGGACGUUGUUUUCGCUGCAGACGCUUGUGAACCGAAAACCUCUGCAUUUAGGAUUUUUUUUUUGAUGGAGCUGGAGAAUAUAGUAGCCAACACUGUACUGCUAAAAGCGAGAGAGGGUGGAGGAGGAAAGCGGAAAGGGAGGAGCAAAAAAUGGAAGGAGAUCCUUCGCUUCCCUCAUAUAAGCCAGUGCACUGAGAUGGGAAAUGACAUCGAUAGGGACUAUGUCUGCCUGUGUGAGAAACAGCCUAUCGGACGGCUUCUUUUCCGUCUUUACUGUGAGACCAGAUCCAAACUGCAUCGAUGCAUCCAGCUGCUGGACGCAAUGGAAGACUAUGAGGUGACACCUGAUGAAAAAAGAAAAAGCAGAGGGGACCAGAUCAUCAAGACUUUUCUCUCAAAACAAUCACCUCAGCAUGUAGACAUAGCGGAGGUUUUUGCAGACCAGUGCAGAGAGAACCUCGAGCUGAGUCCAUGUAAGGAGAUUUUCAGCAACUGCCGCAAGACCGUUCAUGACUAUCUGAGUGGAGCUCCGUUCUUGGACUACCAGAACAGCAUGUACUUUGACCGAUUCCUGCAGUGGAAGAUGCUGGAGAGGCAACCAAUCACUAAAGACACGUUCAGACAGUACCGAGUGCUGGGCAAGGGGGGAUUCGGAGAGGUGUGCGCCUGCCAAGUCAGAGCUACAGGGAAGAUGUAUGCCUGCAAGAAGCUGGAGAAGAAGAGGAUAAAGAAGAGGAAAGGAGAGUCCAUGGCUCUCAACGAGAAACAGAUUUUAGAGAAAGUCAACAGUAGAUUUGUGGUGAGCUUAGCGUAUGCAUACGAGACCAAAGAUGCUCUGUGUCUGGUGCUGACCAUCAUGAACGGGGGAGACCUGAAGUUUCACACCUACAACAUGGGCACGCCGGGCUUCGAGAAAGACAGGGUCCAGUUUUACGCUGCUCAGAUCUGCUGUGGGCUGGAGCAUUUGCACAGGGAAUCCAUCGUCUACAGGGAUUUGAAACCGGAGAAUAUCCUAUUAGAUGACAAUGGACACAUCCGUAUUUCUGACCUGGGGCUGGCCAUCAAAGUGCCUGAAGGAGAACUCAUCAGAGGCAGGGUGGGGACUGUGGGCUACAUGGCUCCGGAAGUGAUAAAUAAUGAAAAAUACGCCAUGAGCCCUGAUUGGUGGGGGCUGGGCUGUCUCAUUUACGAGAUGACCGCCGGGCGAUCGCCCUUCCGUGCCCGCAAAGAACGAGUGAAGCGGGAAGAGGUGGAGAGGAGGGUGCAAGAGGAAGAGGAGGAGUACAACGACAAGUUUACAGAGGACACCAAGGCCAUCUGUAGAAUGCUGCUGACCAAAGACCCUAAGCAGAGGCCGGGGUGCCAGGGGGACAGAGCAGCGGGCGUCAAGGCCCUCCCGUUCUUCAAAAACAUCAACUUCAAGAGGCUGGAGGCUGGAAUAGUGGAGCCUCCCUUUGUGCCUGAUCCUCGGGCAGUGUACUGUAAGGAUGUUUUGGACAUAGAGCAGUUCUCCACAGUCAAGGGAGUAAAUUUGGACCAAACUGACAAUGACUUCUACUCCAAAUUUGCUACAGGCAGCGUUUCCAUCCCAUGGCAGAAUGAGAUGAUAGAAACCGAGUGUUUCAGAGAUUUGAAUGUGUUCGGACCUCAAGGGACGAGACCUCCAGAUCUGGACUGGAAUCAGCCGCCAGAGCCGCCCAGACGCAGCCUGCUGGACAGGAUCUUCAGGAGGCAUCACCCAGAGGUGUCUAUUUCCCACAGCCGUGUGCAGUCUUCCAGUGUAAACUCUGUGGACUCCAUGUCCAACUCUGCCCCCUAGUGGCACAGUGACAGUGUGGGAGCCACACACACACUCAAAGGGAAGGAGCUCCGAGGGGCUUCCCCACUGCUGAUUGGUCCACUGCCGGGGCCUGAGCAGCAGCCGGAGACAGCCUGUCUAAAAUGGUCAGCCCAUGGGUGGGAGGGGAGGGGUGACCAGGCCCUGCGACCCCGGGCAUUUGUAGUGGGAUGGUCAAUGUUGCAAAGACGUUUGAAAAUAUUCGGACAAACCUUACUUACCCUCAGGAUUAUUGGACUAUAGAACAGAGCCACUGACAGAAAAAGGAUAGAAAACAAGCUAUUAUUCAGGGGAUCCACUGUAUAAUAAAGACCACCACAGGGAAUAGAAGAUGGGGUCUUGGUGAAUUUUUGUUUUUCCAGAAAAGGAAUUUCUUUUUCACUAAUUUUCAGUCCUUUACUUUCUGGCCUGUAUCUUGUAUCUCUCCAUCUACCCACACCCCCUUUAGAGUGUCACCGUCUUUACAACUCUAACUUAUUUCUUUCUCUGCAUUUCCACCUCCCAUACCUCAGAUCACUCCUAAACAUUCAGAACACAUCGCCUCAACAACCUCAACACAUAAUGUACAUUGCCUUGCGUACACUCAGGCCAAAGAUUACACUUUAGUUUUGUGAUACUGUUGUCAUGUUGAUUUAUUGGUUUUUGAAGGUUUUCAGCCGUUGUUUAGAACCACAGGAGGAUCAGAACGUGUGAUCCCUUUUAUACACUUUCUCUAAAUAUGAGCCUGCAGACAUAUCAUAUUGCUUAAAGCACACGUACAUACAUGCAUACACAAUCAGAUAGACAUACACAGACAGAAUUGUGAGAAUCGUGUUGUGUUUUCAUUGCAUGGACAAGUGUAAGUAUGGACAGCUGUAUCCCUUUCGCUUCUGCAUACCUCAUUCCACUGAUGUUACCAUCGUAUACCGUACAAUACGCAGACGUCUCCCUCGGUUUACAGUGUCACUUUAUAUUUGACAUUAUGUGGAAACGAAUUAAUAUGCUGUACAGAAACAGAAAUCUCUUCUUUUGUUGUUGUUGGUUCUUUUUUUUUUUUUUGCUCAAUUUUUCUGCACAGUCCCCAAGGAGUGGAGAGGAACACAUGCACUCAGCCUGACUUACAAGUUGCACAAUUUAAAAACGUCAUGCUGUUUCUUCACCAAAUGAAAAUGUUUUUACCUCUGAUCAUUAAGGCACAUUAUUGUAUUGAUAUUGUCACAUGCCGCUUGUUUUCUACAUCUGAAUCUAAAGUGUUCUUGCUCUCCCUUUGCCUUUUUCCAUUCAGAUAUUGCUGCAUAGCCAUUGUUGUCACAUGUACAGAUUUUUAUAUUUUUGCCCCUUAACAUGCUCUUCAAAAUGCCUCACAAAAAUAUAAAGGGCCUUCCUCUUGUUUUGUGCCCAACUGUAAUCGAACACACAGGGUAUCAACGGCUACGUGAAAGGUUUUAUCUCAUCUGAGUUUUAUUUGAAUCAGUCCAGUUUGUUCCUGUCAGAGCGGAGGAGGAGAGGAAGACACCGGAGUAUCCUGCAAACACCACACAAAGAAGAAGUGGCCUUCUCACAGCAGCACAGCCAAUUAAAAGACUGGAAGAGCUCCAUCUCUUCAGCAUGUUUUAAGAAUGUGGUAUUUUCCCUAUUUGAGGUAGUGAAAGCUGGUCCAUGCAGUAAUUUCAAUCGUUCUUACAGAUCUCACGCAAGCCUGUUUUUCUUUUCUCUGCGUACUUGAUAGGACAAAAAAAAAAAAAGAAUCUGAAUCAGACUGAAGUGCCUCCUUGUUAGCAUGAUCUCCCAGACAAUGCCCACACAGACAUCAGCACUUUGUUUAUUCUCUGACUGUCAUGCUCUGUUUGUUUGUUUCGCUGGGGAACGCGUCAACACAAAAACACACAGACUCACACAGUUUUGUUGGAAGUGGAGAGAAGUAGGAGGAGUGAAGUAAUGCGAGGUGAGGGUCAAUGAGGGGAUUCUCCUUCUUAAUGUGAUGUACAGCGAAGUGCUGAGUGCAUGUGAAAGCCAAACCCACUGUGUCCUUCAAGUCCCAAUAAACUCUGUGCUAUAGUUUGAGUACUCCA